ACAAAGCAUCAAGGGUGGCUCCCUCCCCCGUCUUGGCCUCACCAGAAAAAGGAGUACACUUGUCCCCGGAGAGGGGGGCGAGAAGCAAGGGGAGGGGGAGAUGGCGCGCAAUGCGGUGGACAAGGCGACGUCCAUCGACGCGCAGCUGCGGCUGCUGGCCCCCAAGAAGCUCUCCGACGACGACAAGCUGGUCGAGUACGACGCGCUGCUCCUCGACCGAUUCCUCGACAUCCUCCAGGACCUGCACGGCGAGGAAAUCAGGGAGACGGUGCAAGAAUGUUAUGAGUUAGCUGCUGAGUAUGAAAGUAAGCUUGACCCCAAAAUGCUGGAUGAGAUUGGGAAUGUGUUGACCAGCUUGGAUCCUGGAGACUCCAUUGUCAUAACCAAGUCAUUCUCACACAUGCUUAUCCUGGCAAACUUGGCUGAGGAGGUCCAGAUUGCAUACCGCAGGAGGAUAAAACUAAAGAAGGGUGACUUUGUUGAUGAAAACUCGGCAACAACUGAAUCAGACAUCGAGGAGACAUUAAAGAGGCUUGUGCAUCAGCUCAAGAAGUCCCCUAUGGAGGUAUUUGAUGCUCUCAAGAAUCAAACUGUCGACCUCGUCCUGACUGCACAUCCGACUCAGUCAGUCAGGAGGUCACUGCUCCAAAAGCAUGGCAGGAUAAGAAACUGCUUAACUCAACUUUAUGCAAAGGACAUCACUCCAGAUGAGAAACAAGAACUUGACGAGGCACUUCAAAGACAGAUUCAAGCUGCCUUUAGAACUGAUGAAAUCAGGCGGGCACCUCCUACUCCGCAGGAUGAAACACGUGCUGGAAUGAGUUAUUUUCAUGAGACCAUAUGGAAGGGUGUACCCAAGUUCUUACGCAGGGUUGACACUGCUCUAAAGAACAUUGGUGUAAAUGAGCGGGUGCCCUAUAAUGCCCCUCUUAUUCAGUUUUCUUCUUGGAUGGGUGGUGAUCGUGAUGGGAAUCCAAGAGUCACACCAGAGGUUACAAGGGAUGUAUGCCUUUUGGCUAGAAUGAUGGCUGCUAAUUUGUAUAAUGCCCAGAUAGAGGAUCUGAUGUUUGAGUUAUCUAUGUGGCGUUGCAGUGAUGAAUUACGUGCAAAAGCUGAUCAGUUACACCGUUCCUCCAAGAAAGACACAACAAAACACUAUAUAGAGUUCUGGAAACAAGUUCCCCCCAGUGAACCUUAUCGUGUGAUUCUGAGUGAUGUCAGAGAUAAGCUCUACAAGACGCGUGAGCGAUCACGCCAUUUAUUAGCCAGUGGUUUUUCUGAAAUUCCUGAGGAAGCAACCUUCACUGAUGUUGAGCAGUUCUUGGAGCCGCUUGAGCUCUGUUACAGAUCUCUCUGUGCCUGCGGUGAUCGCUCUGUUGCAGAUGGAAUCCUUCUCGACUUCUUACGGCAAGUGUCUACAUUUGGACUAUCCCUAGUUAGACUUGAUAUCAGGCAAGAAUCUGAUCGACAUACUGAUGUUAUGGAUGCUAUAACUGAAUACCUCGGACUUGAAUCAUAUCGUGAAUGGACAGAGGAGAAACGCCAAGAAUGGCUACUCUCAGAACUUAAUGGAAAGAGGCCGUUAUUUGGUCCUGACCUUCCCAAGUCAGACGAGAUUGCUGAUGUUAUAGAUACUUUCCACGUGUUAGCUGAACUUCCUUCAGAUAGCUUUGGUGCAUAUGUAAUAUCUAUGGCGACAGCUCCCUCAGAUGUUCUUGCAGUUGAGCUCUUGCAACGUGAAUGUCAUGUGAAAAAACCACUGAGAGUUGUGCCAUUGUUUGAAAAACUGGCAGAUCUUGAGGCAGCACCAGCAGCUCUAGCCCAGCUGUUCUCUGUUGACUGGUACAGAAACAGGAUCAAUGGCAAGCAGGAAGUGAUGAUUGGGUAUUCAGAUUCUGGGAAGGAUGCCGGUCGUUUCUCUGCUGCUUGGCAACUGUACAAAGCUCAAGAGGAGCUCAUUAAGGUUGCUAAGUUGUAUGGGGUUAAAUUGACUAUGUUUCAUGGACGAGGUGGCACUGUGGGAAGAGGCGGGGGACCUACCCAUCUUGCUAUACUGUCACAACCUCCAGAAACUGUUCAUGGAUCACUUCGGGUAACUGUUCAAGGUGAAGUCAUUGAGCAAUCCUUUGGAGAGGAGCACUUGUGCUUUAGAACCCUUCAACGUUUUACAGCUGCUACUCUUGAACAUGGCAUGCAUCCUCCAAUUUCACCAAAACCAGAAUGGCGUGCUUUAAUGGAUGAAAUGGCUAUUGUGGCCACAAAGGAAUACCGAUCAAUUGUAUUUGAAGAACCACGCUUUGUUGAAUAUUUUCGCCUUGCAACACCAGAGCUGGAAUAUGGUAGGAUGAAUAUUGGAAGUAGACCAUCAAAAAGAAAGCCAAGCGGAGGCAUUGAAUCGCUGCGUGCAAUUCCUUGGAUCUUUGCUUGGACGCAGACUCGGUUCCACCUACCAGUGUGGCUUGGUUUUGGUGCAGCAUUCAAGCAUGUCUUGAAAAAGGACAUACGGAAUCUUCAAAUCCUUCAAGAGAUGUACAACGAGUGGCCCUUUUUCAGGGUUACAAUAGACUUGGUUGAGAUGGUGUUUGCCAAAGGUGAUCCUGGUAUAGCUGCUCUGUAUGACAAGUUGCUAGUUUCUGAGGAUUUGUGGCCAUUUGGCGAGCGUCUUAGAGCCAACUAUGAAGAGACAAAGCAACUUCUUCUGCAGGUUGCUGGGCACAAAGACCUUCUGGAGGGCGACCCUUACUUGAAGCAGAGGCUGCACAUCCGUGAUUCUUACAUCACAGCGCUGAACGUUUGCCAAGCUUACACGCUGAAGCGCAUCAGGGACCCUGGCUUCCAAGUGAAGCCCCGACCCCACCUGUCGAAGGACAUCAUGGACUCGGGGAAGCCAGCCGCAGAGCUCGUGAAGCUUAACACAACGAGCGAGUACGCCCCGGGGCUGGAGGACACUCUCAUCCUUACCAUGAAGGGCAUCGCUGCCGGUAUGCAGAACACCGGCUGAAGCAGAAGAACCAAUGCCUUGUUAUGCGAGUUGGUGUAUUUAUAGUAGGGGCCUAGGGGGAUUAUGAUGCUUUUGGUGCACUGUCUUUCAUGGCCUGAACGAGUUAACAAGCACUCUUGGAUAUGAGAUUGCCUGUUUAGUAUUUAUGUCACUAUGUUAUAUGGAACACCUAUAUAUAUACUUUCCCAUAAGCCUUAUGC